UAUUCUAUGAUUUAGACCACGUUUAGACGCUGGCCAUUUUCGCAUAAUCGUGCGGUGUCCGUCGUGUCCGUGCUGUGCAUGUGCGGUCAGUUUCUCGUAUCGUGAAUGAACUGCAGUUAGGAGAUAGAAUAGCGAAAGCUGAAGAUCAAGAAAACUCUUUUAACAGAGGCUAGCACGAAACGCUCCAUUCCAACGUUGCAGGUUUAGUGUUCUGCAGCAUGCCGCGUGCGUGGAAAGGAUUCACUCGCACGCCUCGGCGUUACAAGGAGGCUGCACGCAUCGUCGACGCCCUGAACAACGCAUCCGCAGAGUCUCUUGAGUCUUUGGUGACAAGUUCCCGCCUGCCGAACAAGACCCAGCUGGCGGCACUGGUGAUACAAGUAUCUAAGAAGCUGCCAGUCUUGGAGGCAGUGGUUUCACAGAGCCCACUUCUGGACGAGGGCCUGCCUAAGGCCUUAGCCUUGGUUCUGGUGCAUGAGGCACUGUUCGGGGUGCGGCCUCUCCCUCCAGGGAUGUGUGCCCGUUCUGACCAAGUGCUUGCCUGCCGGCCCCAGCUUGAGAAGGCUCUGGCAGAUGUGUCCAGGAAAGGGAAAGUUCUGCCAGCAUCACUGCCUCGCUACGCUCGUGUCAACACACUACUGCUCCACACGUCUACCGUGAUAAGACAGCUAGAGCAGCAGGGCUUCCAGUGGGUACGUUACCCACGCCGACGUGGACUAGCGUGGUUCUUGGAGCGAGUGCGCCGCCUAGAGCCGCAUGAGUUCCUCAAGGACUUUCACCUACGUGAUUGGCUUGUGUUUGGAACUGGUGCAAAGCUGAACAUGCUGGACCUUGUGGGAAACUUGCAGCUUCUACUGCAGGACAAGGCGUCGGGUAUGGCAGUGAUUGCCUUGGAUCCCCAGCCAGGUGCUGUACUACUGGAUGCUUGUGCAGCCCCAGGCAUGAAGACCUCGUAUGCGGCAGCACUUAUGAAUAACACAGGAAAGAUCUUGGCUGUGGACAGGAGCGGGGAGCGGGUAGAAGCAAUGCAACAGCUGGUGAAAAACGGCGGCUUCAAGUCCAUCUGCUGGGUGCAGGAGACCGACUUCUUGGAGCUUGACCCGCAUACAGAACCUCAGAGUUCUGCUGAGCUUAUCAUGGUAGACCCAUCGUGCUCUGGUACAGGCCUAUGUGACCGACCAGGCCAAGACCUGGACCCUGAAAGUGCUGAGGGCAAAGAGCGGCUGCGGCGGCUCAGCUCUGUGCAGAGCAUGCUGCUGAAACAUGCCCUGCGUUUUCCCCACUGCCGGCGUGUGGUCUAUUCGACCUGCUCGGUGCUCAGACAGGAAAACGAGGAUGUGGUGGCAGAGGCGCUGGCGUGGGCUAAGGGACGUUUUGUGUUGGCCCACGCUUUGCCUGAGCUACCUUUUCGCGGCCUGGGCUCACAGGGCAGCCACUGUGUGCGCCUUGGACCAGACAGUUUGCUCACCAGGGGCUUCUUCCUGGCAGUCUUUGAAAACGCAACCCAAUGUUGAGUUAAGCACGGAUGGUGCCCCAUAGUUGUCACUUGCAUUAUGUAGGAAGGGUGAAAAUUUUGAAUCUUUAAGCUCUUGGCAUGGAGUCAUUAGUUUGUAUCUUUUACCGUCAGGGAUUUACUCCAACUUUUUUUCACUGUAACCAGGAGUGCCACUGGAAUGCAUUUGAUGCAUUUGUGAAAUGCAUUCCUAGACAAACAGGGCUAAGCAUUGUCCAGCCAUUUCUUCAGGUAGUGCAUGACAGCUGCCAUUCAUAAAAAGAAGCACAGAGCUUGAAUAAAUGGCCUCAGGCUGGUUUUCAGCUGUAGUUCUGUUCUUGAAUUUCACAAAUGUUGACUUUUUAUGUAAACGGGGCAACAUCCCUGUGCCUGUGAGUGGGGCAUGCCUGUGUACUGUGUUGCUCCAUUGUCUGUUAUCCAUAUAAGUAGGAAAACUGGCGGCUUCACUGUCAGAAGCAUACUUUUUAAGUGAAUGGGCUGAAAAUUUCACCUUUAAGCUCUUUUUCUUACCUUGUGUGUAGCCUUGCAAGAAUUUUUGCAAUAUGGUUUCAAGAUGACAUCCUUUGUUUUCGUGGUAACACUGGCACCUCGACUGUCGCUAAGCAUAUUUUUGCAUAAAAUAAAAUGAGGAUAUUGUUUUCUGUC